CGUCCGUGCUUAGAACGAGAGCGCUCAUCAAUGCACAUAGACAUAGCCACUUCGAAUAAUAAAUACCUGCGCUUCCCCAUUGCCCAGCAGAACAUCUAACGCAGACUGGACAACAUUAUGGCUACACAUUCACUGGACUCGUUCAAAGCACCCACUUCCAACGUCCAGGGUCAGCGAGGUGGGAAUGGAUGCUUUGUAUGUCGGCUCCGAAGCAAGCGCUGUCUCAGGACCGAGAACGGUGCAGGCUGCCCAGCCUGCUGCAAAUUGCGCGUUGAAUGCGUCAAGAAGCUUGGAUCCAUCUCCUCCUUGAUGGAGAACUCCGUGGAAGGACAAGCCUGUCGAGAUGAAAUUCACUCCGCGGUCAACAGCAGGCGUUACCGUCGGGAUGUCGCUCUUUUACCCCAAACUAGAGCUUUUGCUGCGAAGCUCGCAACCAACCUUUCAUUCAUUCAUUCAGAUCCUUCCCCGCAACAAGCCCCCUAGAGGACGAUCUGAAGUAUGUCCUCGAUUAUGACGAAAGAUCCAGCCUCCCUCCGAGCGACCCGUCCAUGGUCCCUUUCGCGCCAAAUCGCAGUUCGGACUCCUGCUCCAACCGUCUAGACGAUAUGACCUCAAGCCAUGGCAGCGCUAGUUCAUCAUUCUCCCCACUGUCAUCAUUCAUUCCUCAAGGAGAUAC